AUGUCAUCAGAUCCACCCGUUGAUUUGGGCCCUGCUGAAGAAUCUGAAAAGCCAGCAAUUCUCCGUGAAGAUGCAUCGAAUCACAUUAUCGAAAUUCCUAUUCAAUCAUCAGCAAAAGACGAAUCAUCAAACUCUGAAAAUAAUUCGAAUUCUGAUAGCGACGAUGACGACUUUCCGUUUGAUUUAACCUUCGAAUGGCUCGAUGAACAAAUGCGUACUGGCACAGAUCUACAUCCGUUUCUUUCUCGGAUCAUACCCGGCUUACCUCAGGAUGUUUCUCAAUCGACAAUGUACGAGAUUCUCAUGAAUCUCUUUCUACCGAUUCGUCAACGAAAAGCACUCGAACAAUAUAAAACCAUCGACGAUGCAGUUGAACUGAUACGUACCCGUAAAAAUAUUCUUGUUCUAACUGGUGCUGGUAUAUCAGUUAGCUGUGGAAUUCCUGAUUUUCGUUCUCGGAAUGGUAUCUAUGCUCGUUUACGUGAAGAAUUUCCUGAACUACCGAAUCCUCAAUCAAUGUUUGAUAUUGAAUAUUUCACUGACGAUCCUCGACCAUUUUUUCGCUUUGCCAAAGAAAUCUGGCCCGGGCAGUAUCAGCCGUCGUUAGCUCAUCAUUUUAUCAGCGAACUCGAACGACAAGAUAAACUAUUGAGAAAUUAUACUCAAAACAUCGAUUCAUUAGAACAUCUAUGCCCAAUCACACGAUUAAUCCAAUGCCAUGGAUCGUUCUCAAGUGCCACAUGCCGUGUCUGUCAUCAUUCAGUGAAAAGUGACGAAAUCAAAGAAGAAAUUCUACAACAAAAGAUUCCACACUGCCCCAAAUGUCCUACAGAUCGACCGGAUGCUAUUCUUAAGCCAGACAUUGUUUUCUUCGGUGAACAACUACCAGAUGAUUUUCACAAAGCUAUAUCUCUGGAUAAAACCCAAUGUGAUCUUUUAAUUGUGAUGGGUUCAAGUUUAAAAGUGAAACCAGUCUCGCUCGUAUCAGAAUUAUUAUCGAGUGACAUCCCACAGAUUCUCAUUAAUCGUGAACGAUUGCCACAUAAAACAUUCGAUAUCGAAUUACUCGGGAACUGUGAUGUGAUUAUCAAUGAAAUAUGUUCUCGAUUAAGCAAAAUCGAUCCAGUAUUUGGACAAAUUAAAAAUGUACAAGAGAAAUUUUUGAAAGAAAUUCCUUAUGAAAAUUUCUUACCGACACAAGAACCCGAAAGGAAAAAACAAAAGCUUUCAACAGAUAAUGAUGAUCAACAACAGCAACAACCUUCAUCCGAGUCGGAACUUUUAACGACUGAAACAUCAUCUUCACCGAAACAGAUCUUCUCAUCAUUGAAGAAUUCUUCAGUAUUUAAUGACGAGUCAUCAUAUGUCUAUUGUCCACCAAGGCGGUACAUAUUUCCAGGCGCGGAAAUAGAUUUCUCAUCAGACGAUGAUGAGGAGGACGACGACGACAACGACGACGACGAUGAUGAUAAUAGUAGUUAUGAGACAGACGAUGAAGAAGAACUACCGAGAAAAAAUGUUGAAUGA